GUAGUGGGGGUGAAUUUGUAAUUUCAAAUCACUUAAAGAGAAACAGAUUACAUCGAGUAGCCACCGGAAUUAACUAUUUGGAAAAAUGGACGCCGGAGCUGAAAUUGAAAUGGAUCCACCGGUGGAUGGAGAUUCUUCGGCGGCGGAAUCUGGGUUCGUCGGAAAAUUGGAUCCCUCGCCGUUGAAUCAAGGGGAGAUUCUGAGAACACUUGCCACGGUGGAGAAGGAUUCGAAGGCAAUCGCGGAGAGCUUCUCGUCUCUCUUUGUCUCCCUCCGAUCGACUCUCUCUGAGGCUACUGGAAGCUCAGUUGAUCACAUGACUUGCUUUGGAGAUGCUGCUGGACGUCUUCAGGAAACCGCUCUAGAUGCAUCCACUAAAGGGAACCGCUACAUCAACUCCUGCCUCAGAUUAAACGAGGAAAUUAAAGGCGUUGAGACUCUGGCGGCUCGGUUGUAUCCUCAAUUUGAAAGCACCUGAGGAGAAAUGUGGAUGUUCUUGACACGGCUGUGAACAAGCUUCUCCGUCCUCCUUGACUAGUCUAUUAGCUUUUCACGGACUUUUAUCACUUGUUUUCUCGUACAUAAAGAUUUUGAUUAUAACUGCUGUUUUUCUUUUUCUGACAAAAUGUUUUAUGUCGUGAAACUUCUUCUUUCUUUUUUUCUUCAAAUAAUAAAUUUCAAUAAUAUCCCUCA